AUGAAGGCAUUCACUGCUACCGCUCUUGCGCUUGUUGCACCCGCAACGGCGCUACUGCGCUUCCCAUGCGCUCAGCUAGUCAUCGACAGGCUGGAUCCGCUGGUCACGCCAGGUCAAGCUCCAUCUCCUCACUUACACCAGAUCCUAGGAGGAAAUUCCUUCAACGUUACCAUGGAUCCAGCAAAGGAUAUGCCAGGAGAGUCAACAUGCACAUCGUGCCAGUUUAGCGAGGACUUUUCCAACUACUGGACAGCCGUGCUAUACUUCAAAGCUAGGAACGGCACAUAUAAGCGCGUUCCCCAGAUACCCAACUCAGGCUUCAACGGCGUAAACGGAGGCAUGACCGUAUACUACAUGCAAGAUGGCCUCUACAACUUCCAGCAAACUUCCAAGGUCCAGGCAUUCCAGCCCGGCUUCCGCAUGUUCAUCGGCGACGUCAACGCCCGCACCAAAGAUGAAGCUGAACGCUUCCGUCAACUAACAUUCACGUGUUUGGACAACAUCAACACGCGUGACCCCCAGACUCUCGACUUUCCUACUCAGCCGUGUAAGGCGGGCAUUAUGACUGCAGUUCGCUUUCCUACCUGCUGGGACGGGGUCAACCUCGACUCUCCAGACCACAUGGCACACAUGUCUUACCCCGAAUACGGCUCCUUUGAAUCCGGCGGCCCCUGCCCUGCCAGCCACCCCGUACGCAUGGGUCAGCUCUUCUACGAAGUCAUCUGGGAUACGAGCAAGUUUAAUAACAAGGCUGAUUGGCCUGAGGAUGGUAGUCAACCAUUUGUCUGGAGUUUCGGUGAUGGAACGGGUUAUGCGAAUCAUGGUGAUUACAUGUUUGGAUGGCAAGGUGACGCGCUUCAACGUGCUCUUGAUUCGCCUUGCUACCAGAAUUGCCCUACGCUUAAGACGCAGAAUGCUGCAGCCAUGAAUAAGUGCACUGUUCCUCGUGUUGUCAAAGAGGAGAUCGACGCAUGGGUUAGUGAGUUGCCUGGUGGCCAUCAAGCGCAAUAUGUCAAGAAGCGGUGGGCUGAGUAA